AUGUCGAGUCCAGAAAAGGGUUCCGAAGCUUGGAAGGCUCAGGACAAAGGCCCGGGCAUCAUUACAGUUUGCUGGAUCUUCACCGCUCUGAGCACAUUAUUUGUCCUUGGCAGAGUAGUAGUCAGGUGGAAGAUCAUGAGAAAAUUCCACAGCGAUGAUUAUUUUGUUAUUGCAGGGCUGGUGUGCGGCUACAUUUCCACUUCGCUCUCGACACUUGCAGUAUACUCUGGUAUUGGCAAACACCUAGAGCUGCUCACUCUGGAGCAACAACAAGAUGGCAUGUUGUGGACGACUGCUGCCCAAUGCCCCGGCAUCAUGUCUUUCGGCCUACCUAAGCUGGCAGUAGUAUCACUUUUGACACGACUCAUGAACCCUGGCGUAUACCAUAAGUGGUUCCUGUGGUGGAUGGGAAUAUGGUGCCAGUUGACACUUUUCGUGACUGUUGGACUUCUGAUAGGGCGAUGCACACCAGCAAGCUCAUUGUGGGACUUUUCCAUCCAGGGGACCUGUUUCAGUCCGGACAUUCUAAUCAACUUCUCGAUUUAUGCAGGCACAUUUUCGGCCUUCGUUGAUGUCUACCUAGCUGUGUACCCGUCCAUCAGUCUAUACCGCCUUCAAAUGCCGAUUAAGAAAAAGAUUGCACUGUCCAGCGCUCUUGGCAUUGGCGCAAUUUCAGGCAUUGUCGCCAUCUAUAAGACGACACGCCUCCCUUUGCUCGCGAGUGAAGACUACUCGUACGAGACACCUGACCUAGUAGUUUGGACAGUGAUCGAAGGCAGCACCAUCAUAAUAGCAAGCUCCAUCCCUGUCUUGCAUCCGCUCCUAGAGCUGAUCCUCAAACGCAAUCCCUUCUCGUCCGCAAGAGCAUCCAGGCCAACGGCAAAAUCCUCCGACAAUAACACGGGAUCAGCACCGAGUAACUAUCGGCCCUCACGCGUGUACGGAAACUACGAAUAUGAGCUAGGCCAACGCAAGGCGAAACCAAAGCCCAGAGAUGAUCUCGGAUUCACCAUUGUUGAAGGGGAAAGUCAAGAGAACAUCGUUUUCGGAGAAGGUAGAUCGCGAGCUCAAACAGCUACGUCUAUUGGCAGUCAAUGUAGUCAGCCUGAGGAGGGAAGGAUUGUCCGUACCGACGUAGUCACUGUAUCCUACAAUGAGAAUGGACGAGCAGGAGAGACGUCGGCUUCAAAGCGAUGGAGACCUGUCUGA